AUGUCCAACUUUACCGCUGCAUCCGUGCAAUCAACUACCUAUACCGCCGAGCGCGCAAAGCAAGAGACGAGCGACGUCAGCAAUAUCGUGAAAGAAGGGGCUACGGAAUCUCAAGACGAUUUUCAGUCUAAAGUCGAUGCAGCAGCAAACGAAGCUCGCGUCAAGAAGGAAGAAGCCGUCGCCGAAGGAAAAGCAGAUGUUGAGCAGGCCAAAGCUACCACCGCAUCUUACAUGGAACAAGCCCGCGAUCUAGUUGGUGCUGCACUUGGCAAAGCUCAAACCUAUGUCUCCGCCGGCCAGGAGCGCCUUGGCGCAACAACCACCCAUUCUACCGCUCAUGUUCGAACUACUGGACAUGAAGGCCCCCACGCAGGUGGCUUAACAAACACUCUUACCGGGGUUGCUGUAUCUGCAUUACAAACCACGAAGGGUGUUUUGGCGACAGCCCAAGCUCAGCUUGCUGCUACAGGUCAAUCUACACAAUCCACCGCUAAACCUCACUCUGAAUCACCCCGCCCUACUACUCCGUCUUACAAAGAUACUGCUUUAAAAUCACAAAGCGAUAAUGCUCCUAACCCACUCGCCUCCGAUCCCGUCGUUGACACGCCUGCAGCAUCUGCGCCAUCGAUAUCUUCUACCACCGCUACCGCUGGGUCAGCUUCCUCUGCUUCUACAGAGACCCCGUCAGUGUCGAGUCAGAUCGCCUCCCCUGCUACUAUUUCUUACCCUGCGGAGCCCAAGACGGAGUCGCACCAUGUUACUACCGAAGGAGGUGCUCCACCUCCUGAGAAAGUGGAUGACAAGGCUGUUAAUAAACUGGCAGAAGGGUUGACUUCGACCAAGAUUAGCGAUGCAAGCCCAGCCACCAGCACCCACUAG